AUGGAUCAUUCGACUGAUCAGACUGCGAGUAGUACUCCAUUAGCAUCGGCCAACACAGUUUUAAUCAGGGGCAUGGAUCUGGAUGUUUUCAACGCUGCAAAAGAAGGCAAAACUGAUGUCCUCAAGAGGAGACACCAUCUUGACCAAAUAUUGACUCCAACCAAGAACACAAUCCUCCAUAUUUAUAUAUCUUUUGCAAGCACCCCAAAUUACGUCGAACCAGAAGAAGAAGCGCUGAGGCCACCCAGCGUUGUGAAUGAAAUCCUUCAAAUGUGUCCCGCACUGCUAUCACAGAAGAACGAGAGUGGCGAGACUGCCUUACACAUUGCGGCCAGACAUGGGCGUGCUGAUAUAGUUGAACUUCUUAUCAAAACUGCAAAAGCUGGCCCUCGUGAAGACCUUGAGAAUGGGCCCUCAUCAUCAGUAGAAGCCUGGCAGAUUUUCAUAAGGAGAUACACCUUGCAUCCAACUUACCAAGGCCCCAUUGGUAGAACCGCUUUGCAUGCUGCAGUGAUUCACGGUGAUGAAGAAAUGACCACAGAAAUACUGAACAAGGAAAAAGAUUUGGCGAUUGUGGCAGACGAGAAAGGUGCCUACUUGGGUGACGAAGCUAAUAAGAAGACCGCUCUACAAAUUGCAGCCUCCAAAGGCCAUGUUAAUGUAAUGGAACAACUUAUUUCUCAUUGUCCUGAUUGUUGCAAAGUGGUCGACCGAAGACGUCGAAAUGCUUUUCAUUAUGCCUUGGAGAAGCAUAAACCUCGAAUUAUAGAAUUUGUUUUGAAGGGUACAUGGCUUAGCAACGUCCUUUUAAAUGCCAAGGAUGUUGACGGCAACACACCCCUCCAUCUACUUAAUGCUCCUCUCAACCCCUGGAUUCCUUUCAUUGAUGAUGCUAGGGUUGAUAAGAUGGCAUUCAAUAAGGAAAAUAUGAACGCUCUCGACGUUAUUAAAGCUAAUGAUGAUUUACAAGAUAUGAUAUUUGUCGCGAAUGAUUUGAAAAGGAAUGGUGCAUCAUCAGGCCAUCGAAUUCUAAGCGAAAAUGAUAAUGAUGGUCAAAAAUUAAAGGAAAACAAAGGUGGCGAAGACACUGAAACGAAUAAAAAUAUAAGAGAUUCCCAUCUGAUAGUGGCUGCACUCGUAGCAACUGUUACAUUCGCAGCAGGUGUCACCAUGCCUGGUGGUUAUUACCAAGCAUCAGAUCAGGGAAAUGGCCCGAGUAACGGACCAACUCCGGGUUAUGCAAGGGAGAACAAUUCCAUAUUCCUACAUAAACUUACCCGCUUGUUUGUGAUUAUGUUUAAAAAGUAG